ACCAGAACAUUUCUCCACGCGCCAUCACCGCAUUAGCUUUACGUUGCUAAUUGAUUUUCCUUCCGCUUCACUCUUAUCUUCUUCUACUUUAUUGUCCAUUUCAUCAUUUUCCCAUUUCCGCCGCUCUAUUUCGUUUGAAUAUCUCUCUCCAUCUCUAUUUAACUAUCCCUGGUCUCUGUAGUUCUCUGAUCCAAAACCCAAUGGCUCGAUCAUUGUUGCUGCUCGCCCUCUGCGUGCUUCCGGCACUUGUGAGCGCCGCUCGCCCCGCCAGAAACCCUUUUGAGGUAGAAGGCCGUGUGUUCUGUGACAAUUGCCGUGCUGGAUUUGAGACCCCCAAAACCACCUAUAUCGCUGGUGCUAAGGUUAGAUUGGAAUGCAAGAACAGGAAGACAAUGGAUCUUGUGUACAGCAAGGAAGGAACAACCGACUCAACAGGAACAUAUAAGAUCUAUGUUGAUGAGGAUCAUCAGGAUCAGCUCUGCGAUGCUAUGGUUGUUAGCAGCCCCAUCAAGGACUGCAACUCACCAACAUCUGGGCGUGACCGUGCCCGUGUUAUCUUGACCAAUUACAAUGGCCUUGCAUCAAACAAACGAUUUGCCAAUGCCAUGGGUUUCACGAAGGAGGAGGCCCUAUCUGGUUGUGCUGAGCUUCUCAGGCAAUACCAGGAGUAUGAAGAUUAGAUUUUUCUUUGGAAAUUCCUGUGAUGAGCGUAGUUGAUUAAUCGUUGCUGUUAUUUAUCUAUAAUUAUUAUAUUCCGGAUUCUUAUGUUGUUUAGAGGACUGUUAAUUUUUUCGUUAAUGGACUUUUACGAUAUAUCGGGUUGGAUUUGUUUUGUUGUG